CCUUCCACCUCCUUUGACGGAAGUCAUUUGCCCUGGAAAUUUUUCCGAUCCGAAGUCUUGGGGCCUCAUUGCAUCCAGGUGCUAGAAGCCCCACCCAAAGAACGGAUUCCAAGUGCCUUCCUUUCCAUCGUUGAAGCAGCAAGUCAGGAUACGGCGAAGUUUGACGACCAAAAGGUGUCCUUCUGGAAUCAGGUCGCGACAGGUCGUGGGUUCGGACCCUCACCACUAUUUCCUCCAAAUCUGCUCCCAUCGAUUGAUCAGGAAAGUCGCCUAGCACGUUGUAUGGUCCCUACCUUCAGUCGCGAGGCAUUGCCCGAAAGAGCGAUCAACCAGAUGGGACCAUUGUACGAACUCUCUCUCCCUCGCCCGAUCCUCGGAUGUGGCUUCUCAUCGGAAGCAUUCACUGUCAAGGAAUUAGCCAGUCUUCCGCAAUGGCUCCACGCAUCUGGAACUGUGGUUCAUUUCGAUACAGGAUACAUUUCAUCCAGUGCCACCAUGUAUUGUCCGUUUCUUACUUUCGAAAGAGCCUUUGGCAAUAGGGAGCACCGUGUCGAGUCGGCCAACAAUCAUUGUGCAAUAGGAGGAGCCUACACGACCCGACAAUUACAGAUGUUAUAUGUCAAGGCAUGGAAGGGGAAAAUGAUGCCUGAGUUACCAGUGUCCUUCUCCUGCACCAUCGACAAUAGCUUUGCAUUGCUCAAUCUCCAUUGGAUCGAUCAUGGUCAAACGUAUUGCAUGGCGCCACUGUGCCAAUUCGAUCUCAGUAAGGACCUACAUUUCAAUAAAUUCCUUGUCUGGACUGAAUCUAUUGGUCAAUGGGCCUUGAGCCACGUCUUGCCUCUUGUCAAGGAGGCUAUCUCGCGGCUUCAGACAACCGAAUCAAUUCCACGCAUCGUAGCAUCCAACAAUCCACGUAUCAAGCUGAGAGUGGAUACUGGCAUCAACAACAACGAGCUGUUGAUGUCCUCACUUAAGACAACCUUCGAGAAUAUACCCUGGCGAUUUGAAGAUGAGGAGUUUACACCUGUCAGCAGCAGCACUGCAAGCUGGGGAAGCCCCAUGGUGAAUGAACAAACCUUUGCUAAUUUGGCGUACCCUGCUGUUCAUCCUCCACGAAGCACAACGUUGAGCGCUGCAGCACUUGCAAGGAAACGCCUUGCGGUACCAGACCGCAGCCCUGUGACACCUCCACCUGCAUACCCACAACCUACGGAUCUCCUGUGGCAGAAGCGUUUCACCCAUGCCAUGGACGAGAUUCGAGGGUUGCAACAACAAAUUCUAACUAUGAAAUCGGACAUCUCACACUCGCGAGAAUCAUUCAGGACAGACCUU